CUAGCUGGAGCUGGGAGUUCUCUGGACAUGCUUCGAGCUGCAGGACUGCUGCCACCUCCUGGUGCCAAACCUGAGAAGCCCUGGUCUCAGGACGGUUGGAUGGACGUUGGAGGCCGUCUUGAGUCCAGCCCCUUCCUUUUACAGAUGCAGAAACAGGCCCAAGACUCAUGGUAAAAAGGCAAAGGGCGGGCGGUUUUGGACCCAGCUCCUCCGACUCCUCGCCUGGACCACUUGUGCCCCUCCCGUUUUAUCUCGGCCUUCCUGGGCUCGCCCUGUACCCUGAACCCUGGUCUGCCGUUGUCCAGAGCCUGCACGUGGGGGCCUCUUGGUGACAGGUCGAGGGGGCCGCGCGCACCGGGGCCCCACGCCCCCUCCGCCUUUGAAAGGCCCAGAGCCGAGAGCGCAGGCCGGAUAUAGUAUCACCCCAGCUGCGCCUCGGGCUCCGCCCCCCGAGGCCUGCGGGACGGGGGGCGGAGCGGUAGGUUUUCUUGAAGACGCCAGGAGCCGGGACGGUUAAGCACCUCGUGUGUCCUCCUGCCCUGGGGGUGGAGUCCAUGUUUCCUAGAGGGGCGCGGCUUGGAAGCAGCCAAUAGCAUCAGGCCCCCGGGAUGUCACGGGCCAAUCGCUGAGGGGAAGGGACGGCGGCCUGAAGGGGUUUGGCCGUAGCCGGCCGGGGCGGCUGGACCAUGGUCUGGAGCGGCCGCCUGGCCCUGGGGGCGCUGCGGGCCCCGGGGCUGCGAGUCUGGCCCGGCUGGCUGCGGGGGUCCGGGCCCACCGUGCUUCGCCGGCUGCGGGGCGCGGCUGUGGUGCGGCCCGGCUUCUUGAGCUCGGUGGAGGAGGAAACGCUGAGGCGGGAGCUGGAGCCCGAGCUCCGGCGCCGCCGCUACGAGUACGAUCACUGGGACGCGGCCAUCCACGGCUUCCGGGAGACGGAGAAGUCACACUGGUCAGAGGCCAGCCAGGCCAUUCUGCAGCGGGUUCGGGCGGCUGCCUUCCCCCCGGCUUUGGCCCAGCUCCCUAUGGUUCAUGUCCUAGACCUCCACCAAAACGGCUACAUCAAGCCCCAUGUGGACAGCGUCAAGUUCUGUGGCGGCAUCAUUGCAGGCCUCUCCUUGCUCUCCCCCAGUGUCAUGCGACUAGUUGACACCCAAGAUCCUCAAGAAUGGCUGGAGUUACUACUGGAACCUGGGUCCCUCUAUAUCCUCAGGGGCCCUGCCCGAUAUGACUUCUCCCACCAAAUCCUUCGAGAUGAAGAAUCCUUCUUUGGGGAACACCGGGUGCCACGGGGCCGACGAAUUUCUGUUAUUUGCCGUUCCCUCCCUGAGGGGGAACCAGGCACCCCAUCUAACUGAUCUCAAGUUCCAUAGCCAUGGGGCCUCUCAGAGGAUGCAAGGAUUUGUGCCCAGAAUUUUGUAUAAAAUGUUUAUGAAUAAAGUUAGAGAAAUGGUACUUGA